AUGCUGCCAGCAUGGGUGGCUAUGGGCAGUGCCGAGGAGACCAAGCCUGAUGGGGACGCUAUCCAGACCCUUAACACCCUGCAGACCAACGCCAGCUACCUGGAGCAGGUGAAGCGGGAGCGCGGUGAUCCUCAGGCCCAGCUGGAAGCCAUGCGGGGCUUUUUGGAGAGGAGCGGGCUGAAGGGGGAGCCACUGGCAUCUCUGGCUUUGUUCUCCCUCGCCCCAACACGGGAGGGCUUAAUGCUGCCAUCUUCCCAGGGCUCGGCGUGUGCCUUCACGGAGUGCAUCCUCCGCAGCUAUGGGCUGAAGACAGGCUUUUACAGCUCCCCUCACCUGGUGCAGGUGCGCGAGCGGAUCCGCAUCAACGGGCAGCCCAUCAGCAAGGAGCUCUUCAGCAAAUACUUCUGGCUCGUCUACAACCGCCUGGAGGAGACCAAGGACCCAGCACACUCCAGCAUGCCGGCGUAUUUCCGCUUCCUCACCAUCAUGGCCUUCCACGUCUUCCUGCAGGAGAAGGUGGACCUGGCGGUGGUGGAGGUUGGCAUUGGCGGUGCCUAUGACUGCACGAACAUCAUCAGGGCGCCAGUGGUGUGUGGGGUCUCCUCCCUGGGCAUCGACCACACCAGCAUCCUGGGAGACACCAUGGAGAAGAUCGCCUGGCAGAAAGGGGGCAUUUUUAAGCCUGGUGUGCCAGCAUUCACCGUGGUGCAGCCAGAGCGGCCACUGGAGGUGCUGAGGGACCGAGCCCAGGAGUUGGAGUGUCCCCUCUACCUCUGCCCAGAGCUGGACGCCUUUGAGGAGGGAUACCGGGCACUGGAGCUGGGGCUGGCGGGCACCCACCAGCGCUCCAACGCUGCCCUGGCCUUGCAGCUGGCACGGACCUGGCUGCAGCGCCGCGGCUGCCAGGGUUUUGGGGAGCUGAAGGAGGUGCUGCCAGGCACUGAGCUGGUGGGGAGGCCGGUGCCGCUCGCGCCCACCUUCCAA